AUGCCUGCUCCAGAUUUUGAAUCAAGACCAACUACUGAUACUCCAACUGUUUAUGCUACAGAAAAUGGUUGGUAUUAUCCAAAUCAUCCAUAUGGAUCACAAUUAGCUGGUCCUGAUGGUCCUUUAUUAUUACAAGAUAAUCAUUUAGUUGAAAAUUUAGCUCAUUUUGAUAGAGAACGUAUUCCAGAACGUGUUGUUCAUGCUAAAGGUGGUGGUGCUCAUGGUUAUUUUGAAUUGACUGAUUCUCUUUCUGAUUUAACUUAUGCUAAACCAUAUCAAAAUGUUGGUUAUAAAACUCCAUUAACUAUUCGUUUCAGUGGUGUUCGUGGUGAAUUAGGUUCUCCAGAUACUCAAAGAGAUCCAAGAGGAUUUUCAAUUAAAUUCCAUACAGAAUGGGGUGCACAUGAUUGGGUUUUCAAUAAUACUCCAGUUUUCUUCAUUAGAGAACCAAAUAAAUUUGAACAUUUUAUUCAUACACAAAAAAGAGAUCCAGCUACAAACUUGGAUCAAAAUACUGAUUCUACCGCAGCUUGGGAUUAUUGGAUCCAAAACCCAGAAUCAAUUCAUCAAGUUACUUGGUUAUUUGGUGAACGUGGUACUCCAAAAGAUUGGGGUGCAAUGCAUGGUUAUUCUGGUCAUACUUAUAAAUUUGUUAAUGAUCAAGAUGAAAUUACUUAUGUUCAAAUUCAUGUUUUAGCUGAUCGUGGUUUUCAAACUAAUUCUGAUGAAGAAGCUGCUGAAUUGAAUGGUUCAUCACCAGAUGAUCAUCAAAAACGUAUGGUUGAACAAAUUAAGAAUGGUGAUUAUCCAUCAUGGACUUGUUAUGUUCAAACAAUGACUCCAGAACAAGCUGAAGAAUUCCGUUAUUCCAUUAAUGAUUUAACAAAAGUUUGGCCACAUAAAGAUUUCCCAUUAAGAAAAUUUGGUCGUAUUGUGUUGAAUAAAAAUGUUACAAAUUAUUUUGAAGAAAUUGAACAAAUUGCAUUCAGUCCUUCAAGAACUUUCAUUCCUGGUAUUGAACCUUCAAAUGAUCCUGUUUUACAAUCAAGAAUCUUUUCAUAUCCAGAUACACAACGUCAUAGAUUAGGUGCUAAUUAUCAGCAACUACCAAUCAAUCGUGGUAAACCAUUUGAAAAAGGUUCAGGUUGUCCUUAUAUGGCUGGUAACUUUCAAAGAGCUGGUCCUCAAGCUACCGUCAGUCAAGGUUCUAAACCAAAUUAUAUUGCCCUAGGUGAUCGUGUUAAAACUUUAAAUAGUCAAGGUGAAGCAGCUGAUAGUUACUAUGGUGUUAUUUCUAAAGAAACUGAAAUUGAUUCUUUAAAGAAACAAAAAGCAAUUGCUAAAAUUCAAGAGCAUGAAAAGAUUGUUUGGGGUAAACAAUAUUAUUACCAAUUACAAGGUCUUUCUGAAUUGGAUUUAGAACAACCAAGAGCAUUAUAUCACAAGGUUUUCAGUGAUAAAGAUCGUGCUAAAUUUGUUAAAAACAUUGCAGGUGUUGCUGGUAAUAUCAGUAAUCCAACAGUUAGAAAACAAGUUCCACAAUAUUGGGGUUUGGUUGAUAAAGAAUUGGGUGCUAGAGUUGCUAAAGAAUUAGAUGUUGAUUAUGAAUACUUAUCACCAGAAAAUUAUGCUAAUGGUAUUGGUAAUUCAGCUGUCUUAGCAAGUCAACAUUAA